ACCCUACUCGCUAAUCUAUCCAAAAAUAAUCUCCACCCAAAAACACUCACUUUAGAAGGAGCAAACUUACACCGAAUAAUCUUUACCCAUUUCUUAUCAAGAAGAUUAUCCUAAGGAUGCCAAAGCGUAAACAAAUCAAUCUUGUGAGGGUCCUACCAAACAACCAAAUUGAGGAUGGUUUGCCUUCUUCUCCAUCCAUAAACAAUGAGGUUGAGCCAAGCCAACAACUUGCUCCAUCUGGAAACAAUGAGGCACCAUCUCCACCACCUAAAAAGCCAAGAGGUCCAACAUUGAUGUCCCACAUAUGGGAGUUGGAAAAAGGUGUCAAGGUCAACGUUGUAUUUGAUGCAAAUUGUCACCUAGUUGGUAAAGAAGGCUACAUCUUGACUCGAUUCCUUGGUACUGUUGUAAGAAAAUUAGAUGUUCCACCUAUUAGCUAUAAGGAAUGGAAGGGAUAUGCCUCAAAUUUAUAAGGAUGACAUGUGGAAGAUUAUUGAGGUUAAAAAAAAAAAAAAAGCUUAUACUCUUAAUAGAUUAGUAAACCUAGUGCAAAUUU